CCCCUUAAAUCAGGCGUAGACAGGCUCAUAGUCCCAGUCCAUCCCUUGCAAAUCACAACAAUGGCCAAAACCCCCCUCGGCGCUCUCAUUCUCACCUCCGACUUCCUCUUUCUCUUCAUUGUUUACACAUUUUCUCUUGCCACUGCAAAAUCUCACCAUUUCUCAAGAACCUUAUCUCCAACCAAUCUUGGUCUCAAGAAAGAGAAGCUAAGCCACCUCCACUUCUACUUCCAUGACAUAGUUAGCGGCCGAAACCCUUCUGCAAUUAAGGUCGUCCUACCACCCAAUAACGCCUCCAGUACGGGGUUUGGAAUGGUGGCGAUGAUCGAUGACCCCUUAACUGUAAAGCCCGAAAUCAGCUCAAAACUUGUAGGUAGAGCACAAGGGAUUUAUGCGUCUGCCUCGCAGAGUGAAGAUGGGUUGCUAAUGGCUAUGAACUUUGCUUUCAUGGAAGGCAAAUAUAAUGGAAGUGGUCUCAGCGUUUUGGGGCGUAACGUGGUGCUUUUAACCGUGAGGGAGAUGCCGAUCAUCGGUGGAAGUGGGCUGUUCAGGUUUGCUCGUGGGUAUGUUCAGGCGAGAACUCACACUUACAACCCAAAAACUGGGGAUGCUGUUGUGGAGUAUGAUGCGUAUGUCCUCCAUUAUUAGUUGGAUCUUUUGGUUUUUGCAAAAAUAUUUUGGAGUUUAACUAUAGUAAUUGUGCUGAGGAUCUUGAAUUUAUUUGUGAUUGCCUUAAUUAAUUUAUUGAAUUUUCAUGCUUCUGGAUCU